UUAUUUUGUUUGUUUUUUUUGGCCAUUGACAUCCACCCAGUUUAUCUUCUUUUUCUGUUCAAAAUAAUAAAACAAAACCAAAAUAAUUAUGUCCUUGGCAGAAAAGUAAGUAUUCCGGGAUGCAAGUGUUUUCCGCAUGAUAAACUUAUAAGCGGAAGUCUUCUCUGUAGAUAAAUAAGAUAUGAAUUAAAAGAAUGGCAAACUUCAUGGAGUUUUUUCACAAGCGAAAGACUUUUCGUCCCAAAAAGAAGUUUGAGCCUGGGACACUUCGGUAUUCUCUUCACAAACAGGCUCAAGCAUCGCUAAAUUCUGGAUUAAACCUACGAGAAGCCGUAAAAGUGCCUCCUGGUGAAUCUAUAAAUGAUUGGCUAGCUGUUCAUGUGGUUGACUUCUUCAAUCGAAUCAAUCUUAUCUAUGGAACUGUGACUGAGUAUUGUACGGAAGAAACAUGUCCUACUAUGUCUGGAGGGCCAAAGUAUGAAUAUAGGUGGGCUGAUGGAAAUGAAUACAAAAAACCAACUGCACUUCCAGCUCCAAAAUAUGUCUCCUUACUUAUGGAUUGGAUAGAAGCUCAAAUAAAUAAUGAAGACAUAUUUCCUGUCAAAAUGGAUGUUCCAUUUCCAAAGCCCUUUCUUCCCACCUGUAAGAAAAUUUUAACACGAUUAUUCCGAAUUUUUGUCCAUGUUUACAUUCACCAUUUUGAACGACUAGUUCUUAUUGGAGCUGAAGCUCAUGUUAACAUGUGCUAUAAGCAUUUCUAUUAUUUUGUUACUGAAUUCGACCUAGUCAGUCAAAAAGAGCUGGAACCUUUAGCUGAAAUGACUAGCAAUAUUUGCAAGAGUAGUUUUCAACCAAAACGGUAGAAGUUAUUUGUAUUUUAUUUAUUGUGUUUGUUUUGCUUUUGUACAUAUCGUUAUUGUGGCUAUACUUAAGUGAGAAACACUUUAACAUUUAUUUAGUCUAAAUUAUUUAUAGUAUAUUGAACUAUUAUAUUUUUUAUCAUUAUUUUGUCAUAAUUUUCAUUUUAACUAUUUAAUAUGUACUAUUCCAAUUG